AUGGUGGUGGGGGCUGGCUGGUCUGGAUGGUGGUGUAUCUUUGUGGUGGUCCUGGUUGGUGGUUGGUUGCUGGUGUCGAGUUUGUGUGGUAAUUCUCCUGGUUUCGUUAGAUCUUCGCUCACCGUGUUGGUGAAGGGCUUAUGUGUACUGCUGGUUGAUGGAGAUCUUGAAUCAGGAAGGUUGCCGUUGUGUUGUUUUUGGGUCGUUUUUGGCAUGGGGUAUCUCGGACCCAAGUUUACCUGGAGCAACAAGAGGGAAGGGACUCAAUUCACUAAGGAGAGGUUGGAUAGAGCAGUCGUCAAUCCCUCCUUUCUCUCUGUGUUUUCUGCCUGUGUGGUGCAGGUGUUGCCAGUGAUUACGUCAGAUCACAACCCAUUAUUGAUUAACUGCAGCAUCCAACAUGACACUGGAGACUUCCACCGGCCGAAGUUAUUUCGUUAUGAAGCGACCUGGUCUGGAAAGCAGGACUGUAAAAAAAUUGUUGAAGAUGCAUGGUCUCUCCCCCGGGUUCUGAGACAUCCAUUCCGAUGGUUUAAAGAAGGUCUCGAACGCUGUCGAGUUAACCUCCAAAGUUGGGCCACGAGGAGUGCAGGUGCUCAAAGGGCAGAACUGAAAUGUAAUAUGCAGAAGUUACUUCGGCUACAGAAAACUAAUCGUGGGGAACUAAAUGAGUUAUUUCUCGCAUCCACGGUGAAGAAAGAAGUUAUCGACGGUGGCGCCUACGGCUCAGUUGUAGCGACAGUGGCAAAGGCGCUUCAGGCGGGCUAA